GUGAAAAUGAAUGAGGCUGGAAUGGAGCCACAUAUGGUUAGAGACGUGGCAGAAAUUAGAGUAGCCAUGUGUUCCUCUUGGUUCCUGCUCUAAUGCUUCUUCUUCUGCUUCUGCCUUGGUUUACUCUGAUUUCAAAACCCAAGCAACGAAUCCAGCAAGUGCAGCCACAUUCGAGGUUCAAAUGAGGACAUUAGUCUCUCGAUUGAUCCAUUCCAACCCUUCCUUUUCCAGGCUCAAUGUAACUGCCUCGUCAAAGAUCGCCAGAAGUUUCACCACCGAUUCCAAUCAGGUUGAUGAACCCUUCAAGGUCGAAGAAGCUGAAACGGUAAACAUACCUCCGCCCCCAACAGACAAGUUGCUUGUGUUGGGAGGCAAUGGAUUUGUUGGCUCACAUAUUUGUAGAGAAGCCUUAGAUCGCGGUUUGUCCGUUGCCAGUCUUAGCAGGUCUGGCAGGUCAUCCUUGCAUGAUUCAUGGGCUACCAAUGUCAUCUGGUAUAAAGGGAACCUCCUUUCGGGUGAUUCGUUGAAUGAAGCUCUCAAUGGGGUCACUGCUGUCAUCUCAUGUGUUGGCGGUUUUGGCUCCAACUCAUACAUGUACAAAAUUAACGGAACUGCUAACAUCAAUGCAAUUAGAGCAGCUGCAGAUCAAGGUGUUAAAAGAUUUGUCUAUAUCUCUGCUGCUGACUUUGGCGUAGUUAAUUUCUUAUUGCGGGGUUAUUAUGAAGGAAAGAGAGCUGCUGAAACAGAGCUUCUGACCAGAUUUCCUUACGGUGGAGUGAUUCUGAGGCCUGGGUUUAUAUAUGGGACUCGAACUGUUGGGAGCAUGAAGAUACCCCUUGGUGCAAUUGGAUCUCCAAUGGAGAUGGUUCUCCAACAUGCAAAGCCAUUGAGCCAGAUCCCACUUGUUGGACCUCUAAUGACACCUCCGGUCAAUGUUACGUCAGUUGCAAAAGUCGCGGUUAGAGCUGCAACGGACCCUGUUUUCCCUCCCGGUAUCAUUGAUGUUUAUGGAAUUCAACGGUAUAGUCAGCACAAAUCAAAGUAGAAAUUUUCUUCCACAUUUUUUUUACUUCACUCGGAGCGGUUUGCUUCUACCAGAUGCCAUCUCUUUCACGGAAUAAUGUCUGAAAGGCGUGUGUAUGUAACCAUAGGUGUUUCUUUCCGAUUUCUUUAGUUUCAGCAUUCAUAAUCUUCUUUUUGAACAAACUCUGUUGCCUGAAGUGGGUUUGAAUAUACUUUAUAUCUUGUCAGAGAGGGAGAGAUUUUGAUGAACGUAAACGUGUUGUAUGCUUUCAAAAUUUUCAAGGUAAAUAAAACAAUCACUUCACACUU